AUGCAAGAAUCAUCCGAGUCAAGGCCUGACUUCAGAAUCGGGCAGCGAGUCCACUCAUCAGGUGAUCCACGUCGAAUUGGGACGGUGAGGUAUGUGGGACCUGUCCAAGGCUAUUCGGGCACAUGGGUCGGAGUUGAUUGGGACAAUGGAGAGGGCAAGCACGAUGGGACCAUCAAUGGGGUUCAAUACUUCCAGGCAAGGUCCGAACAAUCCGGGUCUUUUGUUCGGUCCCAGAAUCUCAGCUCUGGCAUUUCGUUGUUGCAAGCUCUCCAGCUCAGAUACCAAGGUGACACGACUAAAGAAGAAGAGGAUGAAAUGUAUGUCCUUUCAGCGAGCAACAAGCGUGUAAAUGUUCAACUUGUUGGCAAAGACAAAAUUCAAGACAAGCUAAGUCGAUUAGAGGAGUUGACGAGUGCAUCGGUAUCUUAUUUGGGUGUUAGCUCUCCUGGAGUCCCAUGUGACAUCAGUACUAAUGUGCCUAAUUUAAAGGAGCUUGACUUGACUGGAAAUCUAAUUUCAGAAUGGAAGGAUGUUAGCACAAUCUGUGAACAAUUGGCAGAUCUUUUUGCCCUCAAUUUAUCUUACAACUUAAUGGCACACGAUAUGGUUGGGUUGCCACAUUUAAAAUGCAUCCGCAUUUUAGUGUUAAACAAUAUUGGCAUAAAUUGGACCCAGGUUGAAAUACUCAAACAGUCUUUGCCGGAAAUUGAAGAACUACAUCUGAUGGGGAAUAAAAUAAGCACAAUAGAGCCUGCAUCAUCUUUUGCAGUUCAGGGAUUUGAUUAUUUGCGCCUUCUGAAUUUGGAAGACAAUUGUAUAGCUGAUUGGAAUGAAAUCUUGAAACUUUCACAGCUAAGAAGCUUGGAGCAGCUUCAUUUGAGCAAUAACAGUUUGAUUCGAGUCUUUUAUCCUGAUGACGGAAUGAUGCGUGAACUGCUAAAUGGUUAUGACUCAUGUGAGGAAAGCCAUAAGCCAUUUCAGAAUUUGCGUUGCCUUCUUCUUGGUGGCAACAACAUUGAGGAUCUGGCCUCUAUUGAUUCGCUAAACUCAUUCCCACAACUAGUGGAUAUCAGGCUUUCUGAGAAUCCAGUGGCUGACCCUGCACAAGGUGGAAUCCCACGAUUUGUUUUGGUUGCCCGUUUAGCUAAAGUUGAAAUGUUGAAUGGGAGUGAGGUUAGUUCUCGUGAAAGAAAAGAGUCAGAGAUUCGGUAUGUCCGAUUAGUUAUGUCAAAAAUGCAAGGAAAUAGCAAAGAACUCCAGUGGCUUCAUCCUAGGUUUGCGGAGCUUAAGGUUUUUCAUGGAAUUGAAGAUGAAAAGCCAUUAGUUGGAGCAGCAGGCCCUCAGAAAAUGGCUUCAGGACUUCUAUCUAUUACUCUGAAAUGUGUGGGAGCAUCUAUUGGUGAGAAGCCGUCACUGACGAAGAAACUCCCAGGCGCCACAACGGUUGGUAAGCUAAAAAUUCUUUGUGAAAGCUUUUUCAAGCUGAAGUCUAUCAAGCUGAAAUUGUUUCUUCAAGAAGAGGGUUCUCCUUUGCCAAUGUUGCUUGAUGAUGAAAUGGCAACUUUAACGGACCUUGGGAUUGGCAAUGAAUCAACCAUUCUUGUAGAUGAAGAGAGUUAA